AUGUCUUCCGAAUCUACAAUAUCAAAACCGCUAUUUUCACCAAAUCGGACACGUUUAAAAACUUCGGAUGAAAAUAAUUCUAACGAACAUGAAUUAUCUUCAUCAGCCGCAAGCGAAGAAAGUCAUACGUUAUUAUCUGAAACUGUAACAACAUUAGCAAGUAAUGUUUAUAAUGAAUUAGAACGUAUUAUAAAAAAUUUUGGUGAAAAUAGUGUUAAAGAUUUAAUGCCUGUUAUGAUAUCAACAUUAGAAUCACUUGAUAGUGCUUUACAUGAGCGUGAAGUUAGUAAACUUGAAAUUGAAUCAUUAAAAGAACAAAAUGAACAAUUAUUUCAACAAUAUGAACGUGAAAAAGGUUUCCAUAAAGAAUAUCAACAACGUUAUUUACAAGUUGAAGAUAAUCUUGAAGAAACGAAACGUGAAAAUGAUGAAAAAUUACAAAGUCUUGAAUCUAUUGUUAAAAUAUUUGAAAUAAAAGCACGAAAUGCAUCUGAUCAUGUUGCAAGAUUAGAAGAAAAAGAAAAUGAAAUGAAAACUGAAUAUAAACGAUUACAUGAACGAUAUUGUGAGUUAUUCAAAGCUCAUUGUGAUUAUAUGGAAAGGACAAAAAUUCUAUACGGAACUGAUCGAUUAGAUCAAUUAUCUACAACUAAUAAUCCUUCACGUUCAAGAGGUAAUCUUCAAUUACCAUUAACAUCACGGCAACAGUCUCAAUCAUCGGAUACUAAACAAUCAAUUUCCAAUGAACUAUUAACUGAUGAAAUAACUCCUACACGUUCUGAUAUUUCCUACCCAUCUUAUAAACAACCAUCUAUUGGUGCUAAUUUUCGUUCUGAAUUGGAAGCUGCAGAUGGUAAACAUACUCAAACAGAAUCAAUGACGAGCAAUGAUGUAGCUGUAAAUACAGGAAUAUUCUCGAAAUUACGAAGUCUCAAUCUUCUAUCGGAACCGUUCGAUGAACAACAAUUCUUCGUUAAUGAAGACGAAUUCGAACCGACAACCAAUACUACAGAUGUACCAGCAAGUGAUGAUGAUGAAGAUAUAGUAGAUGAUACAAAAAAUUCCGAAGCAUUCUAUAAAGAAACAAGAAAUGAUAAUAUUGAUAUAUCGGAUGUCGAUGCAUCGGCAGAUUUAUUUGUUCGACAAAGUUUUUACGGUAUGACGAAAGAAGUAUCGAAUUUGAUUAAAGAAAACAAUGAACUUCUUGAAACAAAGAAUGCAUUGAAUGUACUCAAAGAUGAUUUAUUAGUAAAAAUUGAAGAAUUAUCGAAUGAACAAGAAAUUCUUCGUGAAGAAGUAAAUUCAUUACAAACAGUUAAAGGUCGAUUACAAUCAAGAAUAACUGAAGUUGAAGAUGAACUUCGAAAAACACGUGAAGAACUAGAAAAAAAAGAAAAAAGAAGAAGAGAUGUACCGACAGCAGAUAGAAAGCGUUUUACUCGAGUUGAAAUGCAACGUGUUCUUCUUGAACGUAAUCAGUACAAACAACGUUUAUUUGAACUUGAAGAAGCUAUUCAUUGGCAUGAUGCUUUACGUGCAUCUAAACAAGAACAAAUGCAUCCAUCAUCAACAAUGAAUACAAUUCAUGAAAGUUCAUUUGAUCAUACACAAAAUAAGAAAAGAACAACAUUUUGGAAACUCUUUUCGGGUUUGUUUGGUACUGGUGUCAAAGAUGUUCCACCAAAACGUAUAGCAACAACGAAUUUAUCAUCAUCAACUAUGAUUAAACAUAGCCCGACAAAUGAUCAAAUUGCACCGAUAAAUAAUAAACAAGAAACUGUCACAGAUGAAACACUUCCAUUAGAUCGAUCAAUUUCAGAAAGUGCGGUAAUUAUCGAUACACCAAGACAAUCAGCAUCGUCAUCAACAGCACGUCGUAGUAAUUCAAUAUUAAUUAAUGAUGAUAAUCGUCUUCAAGCUUAUGGUUGGAGUUUAUCAUCAAAAAAUCAAUUAAAACUAUCGGAAGUUAAUGGUAAAGUACAAGUCAAUGUUCCUGUUCCUGUUUAUUGUCGACCUAUUUUUAACACAAAUGAUACAACUCAAAUUUGGUGUGCUAUUGGAAUUGAUUUGAGUGGUUCACCAAUAACUAUUGAUGAAACAUUAACAACAAAUGAAACAUCUGUUGAUCAAUUAAAUAAACAAUUAAUGGAAUCAUAUUAUCAAAUGGUUGAUGAACAAUGUUUAAAAUUAUCAUCGAUUGUUUGGAUUGCAGCAAAAUCGAAUGAAACAGCUAUGAUAACGAUUAUCGAUUCAAAUAAAGCCGAAAAAAUUAUUGAUACAUUUACAUUAGGUAAUGCAAUUGUUUAUGCAAUGGGUAGUGUUCCAGGACCAUCAAGUACAGAUUAUCCGCCAUUUGAUAUGUCAAAAUGGACUUUAUUUGAAGCUGAUAGUGCAUCUGCUAGUGACGUAAAAGUUACACCUUGUACUAUUGCAUCAUUAAAUACGGGUGGAAGUCGUCCAACUACUAUGGAAACACAUUCAGUGGAAUCGAAAACAUCUGAACAAAAUGUAACUUAUCAACCUGGAAAUGAAAAUAUUUCAAAUUCUUCAACAAAAUAUCCAACUGUUUGGCUAGGAACAGGUGAUGGAUGGUUAUAUAUUCAUUCAGCUAUAAGUGAACAUCGAAAAACAAUAGAAAAAGUUUGGCUUCGACAUGCAAUUUAUAGUAUUGUACAUGUUCAUGGUCGAGUUUUUAUUUCACUUGCUAAUGAAAAAAUCGUCGUUUUUUGUCGUAACACAGAUGGAACAUGGAAUUUAAAUAAUUUUCAUUUAAUAACAACUGGUAAAAGUCGCGAAUCAGUACGAUGUAUGAUCAAUGUUGGAGAAUCUAUAUGGUGUGGUGUAGCUAAUCGAGUUUAUGUUAUUGAUGCUCAAACAUUAGAAGUUCGAAAACAAUUUGAUGUUCAUUCUCGGCCAGACCAUUCUGUUCAACACAUGACUUGGUCUGGUGAUGGUGUUUGGUUAUCUAUUCGUUUAUCAAGUACAUUACAAUUAUAUCAUGCACAAUCAUAUCAGCAUUUACAAGAUGUUGAUGUACAACCAUAUGUUGAAAAAAUGAUUGCAACAGAAAAAGCUGGUCUUUAUUUUGUUCAUAUUAGUGCCUUAACAAUUGCUUGUCGUCGUCUAUGGAUUGGUACUGGCAAUGGUAUUAUUAUAUCGGUUCCUCUUACAGACAAUAUAACAACAGCAACAUCAGCAACAACAAGUCCAACUUCAACAAAACCUGGUUCGGUUGUCCGUGUAUACGAUCAACCGUCAUCGUCAGCGUCAUCAUCAUCUAGUUACAUACCAUAUUGUAGUAUGAAUAAUGCUCAACUAUCAUUUCAUGGUUAUCGAGAUGCUGUUAAGUUUUUUGUUGCUGUACCUGGUCAACCUCCAUCAAAAUUACUUAGCGAUGAUGAAUCAACUCCAGAACCGAUACCAACAAUAUCAGCUUCAAAUACAACUGAUUCAUCUGCACUAGCUUUUGGAGAUAUUCUUGUUGUAAGUGGUGGCGAUGGUUACAUUGAUUUUCGUAUUGGUGAUUCAACAACUGAUAAACUUGAUGAUUUGUCUCUUAACAAUAGAAAUAUAUCAUAUCUUAUAGUGUGGCAUUUGGGUUCUAUUUAA